AUGGACAAAGAGGACUUCGGGCUGGACGAGGCGAUCAAGGACAAGGGCGCCGUCCUGAACAAGUUCGGCCUUCUGUUCAAGGCGACGGCGCUGGACGACCCCGACAUUGGCCGUGCCGUGGGAAAGAACAAGGACGAGGAAGGCGACUGGUCGGCCUCGAAGUGGCCCAAACCGGGCGUUCGCUACCGCGGCGGCACGGCCCCAAGCCCACCAGUGUGGAACUACGCCAAGGAGGACAUACGAGCCUACGACCGCUUCGAGAGGAAGGUCCGAGUCUGGGAGCGACAGGUCAAAUCUUUUAUGCCUCCGCGGGAGGCAGCUAUGGCCCUUUACGUUUCCCUUCGAGGCGAAGCUGAGGAGGAGCUCGAAUACAUGGACGUGAGUCAGAUCGACACAGACAACGGCGUGGAAAACAUCCUCGGAGCUCUUCGCCGACCGUUGCAGACCCGGGCGAUUUAUCUCAAAAGAAAAUUCCUCCACGACUACGAGUACCUCGGCCGACGCAACACUGAGACCGUACGUGCCUUCUGUAACAGGUACCAGAGAACCGAGAAGUCUUUGCUCGCAGCCGGCAUCGACGUGUCCGGUAUGUACGAUGCAGAGGCCAGGGGGUCCCGACUUCUGGACCGCCUUCGGCUUACCGCAGAGCAGCAGAGGCUGAUUCUGGUGGCCACCGGCCAGAGCCUCAGCUUCGAUGCGGUGAAGGGCGCAGCCCAGAUGCAGUUCCCAGAGCACCGCCCUGCGCCACCGACAGUGUACCACCGGGAGUUUGAAAACGGAGGCGGCCGAGCACAAGAUGAAGGCAAGGACGCGGGCGGCAAGCCCGGGAACAAGGGCGGCGGCAAGGACCACAGACAGCAACGGCCGCCGAAGGGCAGCAGAAAGAACCAGCCACGGCCCUACAAGGCCUACGUCGCCGAGGAAGCCCCCGAGCACGAGGACGAGAACCCCGGCGACGACCUCCCCGAGAUUCCCGAGGGAGAGGAGGAAGACGAGAACGAGGCCGCCGACGAGGAAGAAAUGAUCCCCGAUGGCGGCGACGACGGCGACAACCUGGAGACGGUGAUGCAGGAGGUCGCCGAGUGCUUGACGGUGACCGCUCGGAGGCUUCAGGGCGUUACCUUGGGCCGCAAAUUCAGCAGCGGAGGAAAAGGCAAGUCAAUCGAGCAGCGCAAGAAGAACUCCCGCUGCUCUGUUUUCGGCGAGAAAGGACACUGGCAAGGAGACGCGGCCGGCACCAAGCCCGAGAGCAAGAAGGGAGCGGCAAAGAGAGUGCUUGCAGUUUACCACCCCAGCGGAGUAGAAGCCCAGGCCCCGAUGCAGGACCCAAGCCCCGAGGAGACCCAGGAGUUCGGCUCGUAUUUUACCACAGUCAUGACUAUGCAUGCGGGGCCUCUUCAAGUUUUCCUUAGCAGGCCUGGGGAUUUCGCGGGGUACGCCGUUCUUGAUACAGCUUGCCAGCGAAGCCUUUGUAGCAGCAAGUGGUUGGAGAAGCACCGUCAGCAGCUACGACAACUUAAGUUGGAUGCGAAGACACAGGCCGAGCACGAGGGUUUUCAGUUCGGCACCGGCCCCGUCCAGACAAGCUGUAUGCACGCAUACUUUCCUGUAUGUCUAGACGGCAGUCACAGCACAUGUGCUUUGUUCGGUGCCUCGGUCAUGGACGGUGAGAGUGACAUACCACUUCUACUUAGCCUUGGCAUGAUUGCAAAGAGGCUCAAAGCAGUCCUGGACUUCCCUAGGAACAAAGCCUACCUCGGAGCAUUCGACUCAGAAGUGCCACUCGUGAAGAUCAAUGGUCAUGUUUGCAUUGGGCUGCACAACUUUCCUGCUGAUCAUUUCAAGAAAUGGCAAGCCCUGAGCAGCAUUUUGGAUCAAGGCGACCCGGACCCCGAGUUCAUCAAGCUUCCCGCGACCACGGCGCCACAUGCGUCCGCAGACGGUGCCCCCUUUGUGGCUCCAGGCAUGGCGGCGCCUGGUACGAGCGAUUCUCGGAGCCGAGCUGCACCUCCUGAGGUUCAUGUCGCAGACUGUUCGGUUGGGGCUUCGCAAGAGGUCUUGGCUGUCGCACCAGGACCCGAUCCACCAGAAGUUCACCGACGAGCUCAUCGAGAACCUCAACAAGGCGUGCGAGCACCCGGCCCACAUGCUCGCGAGGUCCGGCAACAAGUACGGAAGUUUCCAGAAGUGCAUGCAGUGCGCAACCCGGUGGAAAUGGGUGCUCGGAGCGUGGGAAGAACUGCCCUCCUCACCAUUGCCACAGCCGUUGCCUCGCUCGGAUCCCUCUGGAGCGCGGCCAAUCUUGGCGACCAAGCUGGUGCCGAAGGCGACUUCUUCGACAAGCAGUUCUUCGGGAUACCGCCCGGAGAACUGGACUUUACCGAGGCGGAGGUGCUCUCUAUGAACCUCCACAAGGGAGCUCCUUCGAAGUUCGGCCAGGCGGUGAUGAGCGAGGAGGAGCUGGAGAAGCUGGAGGCGCAGUACCAACGCGGAGUUGCAGCGCGCCGGGCGCUCGUGGAGACCGAGCAGGACGACAAGGAGGGCAGCGAGACCUACGAGGCGGAGAUCAAGUACCACGACGCGCUGCCCACGUACAAGGACGUCCACAACCACCCGAAGAUCGACCUGUGCGAGGUGUUCGCGACCGCGGCCCGCGUCACCAACGAGGCGAACCACUACGGCAUCGCGGCUUUGGAGCCUUUCGGAACGAACUUUGGCCACGACUUUCGGCGCCACAAGCAGCAGCAGGCGCUAAAGCAGGCCAUCACAAACCUCCAGCCACUUGUGCUCUUUGUGAACUGGCCCCAGGCCGAGGACCACGACUUCGAUGUUUUGUGCAAGUUCGGAGCCUGGGCCUGCGCUGAGCAAGAGAAGGCCGGCCGCGUUUUCGUCGGACAUGCCCGGCCUGGUUCCAAACUGUGGCGCCACCAGGCCGUGCGAGACUUGAUGCGCCACAAGAACGUCACCGCCCAGCUCCACUACCAGCCGGUGACCCCCAACGCCGCGGACUACAACAACGAGUUGUGUGAUGGAUUGGUGCACGCCAUCCUCCAGGGCAUCCAAACAGAAGCCCGGAGAAGGAACCCAGCAAGGUUUCAGGUCAAGCCGCGCGACGUUUUGGCAGCACGCCCCUUGAACGACCCGGUCGGCUGUGGCCAAGUUUUGGACGAGCUGGAGGCGAGGUUUGCCAACACCCACAAGAAGCCCUUCACCUUGACGGCCAACGCGGCGUGGACACCGCAAAGCAUCCGGUUCCCUCAGGAUAUUCCUUUUACUCACCGUGGCGCAGCACUACGACUGAACUCCGGGGAGUUAGUUCUCGAGAGCGAGGACAUGGCACAAGUGACAUACCCAAAGCAGCGGUACGUGAAGCCGGUUCGAGUGGCCUUGUUCUUCUUCGGCGUCCCCCUGGAGGAGACCCAGAAUACAGCCGAGCCCGUCGAGGAGCAGACCACAGGCCAGACAAGCGCGAGACCAUUGCAUGGAUUCCAGACCGAGCUGUGGUACGAGGACGCCCCGAAAGAAGUGGACCAGCAACUUAGAUACAGCCUGGCCCGGCUCCACGUGAACAUGGGUCAUGCGCCCAAAGCCGAGCUCAUCAGGAUGCUAGCCGCAUCUGGGAACUUGAGCAGGAAAGUCCUUAUGGGACUAGAUUGUCUUCGCUGCGGCUCGUGCAUCAGAAUGCAAAAGCCCAAGCCACCGCCGACUUCUUCGGUGGCACCAGCUUUUACCGGCUACUUCGGCGAGGUCCUCCAGGCCGACCUCGUCUACAUCAGGCUGAUCACCGGGACUGCGGUGCCAGUGUUAGGCAUGUGCUGCGAGGCCACGAACUACCGCUGCGGCAAAGCACUGCCCUCACGGUCCCCGUCCGACGUGCUGCAGGUGAUUUUGGACCUUUGGUACCGGCCCCUCGGACUACCUCUUCACUUUAAGUGCAAUGCCGGGGGAGAGUUCGGCGCAGAGGUUGCAGCAUGGCACGGGCAAUCGGGAGUGCUGCAAGAGAUCGUGCCCGCUGAGGCACACCACAGGUUGGGCAAGAUCGAGCGCCGCAACAGCCUGAUGAGAUCACUGGCCGAGCGGAUCAUUGACGAGCGCGGCGUGCACAACAUCGAGGAGCUGAACAUGGUUCUCCCGGCCGUGACCUUUAGCAUGAACGCCGGCACCUACUCCUACGGACGCUCUCCUUUCCAAGCUGUCUUUGGAAGGGUGCCACGACCCCUCGGAGACCUAUCAUCUGAUCCUCGGGCACUCGUGCUUUCACCACAGCCGGGCGAGAAGAGAUUGGCCCCAGAACUUCUUCGCGCCGAUGCUCUCAAAGCCCUUGCUGAGUUCAACGCGUCGAGCGCCGUGAAAAGGGCACUGCUGCGCAAAACCAGGCACUUGGACCCUUCCGACUACCAGCCGGGACAAGCUUUGGCAUAUUGGCGAUGGAGUGGACGAUCGCGCCAACACAAGAAGGGUGCCUGGAAUCUUGGACGUUUUCUCUCCGCCGACCCAGACCGCAAGAGCAUCUGGCUGCAAGUGGGAAGCACGACGAUCAAAGUUGCUAACAACCAAGUGCGCGCCGCUUGCGGAUGGGAGGAGUGGACACCUUCAACCGAAGACCUCAAGAUCCUCAAGAAUGCCGAGCACAACCUUCGAGAUGCUCUUUGGGAAGAUCACACCGAAGAGCCACCGGACGAACUUAACGAGCCGUCCACCGAUCCUGGAGCCAUAGCAGCGCCGCCACCUCCUCUACCACAAGAGCUGCAGCGCAACGUCGACUACUGGCGGUACACGGACGACGGUGUGGUGAGAGUUCACGUCGAACCGCGACGGGAACUUUACGUGCCACGGGCUCCAGAGUGCAACUUCGACCUCGAGGAGCUCGCCGACACCAGGAGAACUUACCGGAACGAGGCCAUGGAACAGCUACCAGAAGACCAAUGGCGGGAUCCUCUAUGCCAACGCGUGAGCUACCACAACCUCUUCCCGUUGGACCUUCUGAACCACUACCAGUUGCAGGACAACCGCAAGAUCCAGAUCAGUGCCGCAGAGAGCGCAGCUUUGGAAAGCGCAGCUUACACCUCACCUGGCUUUAGUCCCGGAGUUCCCGAGACACCGCAGGCCCUUGCUGAGCAGGCCUCAGAACCACACGUUCAGCACGACGAGCACAACGAACCGAACCCUUUGGCAGCAGCCAGCACGAACUCGGGCAACAAUGCCCCGGAGCCAGCAGCCUCUUCGGCAGCAGGCUCAGACCAAAUCCCAGUCGACAACGAAGCAAUGCCAAUGUUACCGCAAAAGCGGACGGCAGCCGUCUUGGUCAGUAGCUUCCCUCUGAACUUCGACUUCUUCGACAACGGCGAGGCCACCCUCAAGGACGGAAGCGACCAGGACAACGUGCCCUUCCGGAGGAACUACUACUACAAGUGCUACCUCAACAGCACCACCCGGAAGGAGGACAUGAAUGCCGCGGGAGUGGAAGAAGAUCAGAGCCGAGAGGACGCCAGCACCGACGACGAGGCAAUGAACCAUUCCAACCAGCGCACACACAGCCGCAAAGAGCUGAAACAGUUGGACCGCGAGAUUCCCUGGCGGCAACUCUUGGAGCUUCCUCGUGCUCAGUACGAGGAAUACUUGGAGGCCACGCGGCUUGAGAGCGACACUUGGAUGUCAUGGGGUGGCAUUCAGCCGGUCUCCAAGAAGGAGGCAAAGCGCAUCAUGGGCGACCCCAAGCUCUCCCGGCGAGUUUUGAAAGCUCGUGCCGCCUAUCGCGACAAGGCGAAAGGAGUGGGACCUCUCAGGGCGAAGUGCAGAGUCGUCAUCAUAGGAUGUGCCGACCCCGACAUCUUCUCGAUCUCGAGGGAUAGCCCAACUCCAACUCGACUCUCGGAGGCCCUCCUGAUGACGAUUGCCACUGCCGGCGCCAACAGGGAGCUGGGUUUCUCAGGAGACCGUUGGUUCCUUUGGGCUUCGGACGCUAAAAGUGCCUUUUUACAGGGCACUCAGGACACCUCCGAAAGAGCAGGCCCUUUGUUCAUGCUUCCGCCCAAGGACCCGCUGAUGGAAGAGACAAACAGUUUCCCGGCCGAUCUCUACGUCAUCACAGGAAACUGUUAUGGCUUACCAAACGCUCCGAGAGUUUGGUAUCUCAGAGUCCAUAUGAAGAUGACAGAAGGCGGUUUCACACGGCACGGUUUUGACAGGUGCCUCUACUACUUCCUCGACGAGAAUAAGACCCUCGUCGCCGUCGUCAUCAUCCACGUGGACGACUUCUUGGCGACCUACAGCGAGAAGUUCCCCGUGGAAGUGCUGGAGAAAAUGUUCGUUUGGGGCAGUGUGAUGAAAGUAACGCCACAGCAGCCGGCCACCUACCGCGGGAAGGAGAUCACAAUGAUCGAGAACAACGGCCGCUUCAAGUAUGUCGUGACCCAGAAGGUCUUCACCGACAGCAUGGACAGGGGCAAGAUUCCCCGCGGCAGGAGUCAACAACCUGAGAAGUUGACCGCGGAGGAGUGGAGCGAAUUUGGCAGCGUCUCCGGUUCUCUUCAAUGGCUGGCCGGCAAACGCCAAGACACGAGCUACAAAGAUCUCCAGCGGCUAUACGCUGCCGCCGACUACGCGAAGGAGACCUCCGGCCACGGACUCGUGUACCAGGACGUCCCCCUGAACAAGUUCUCUGCCUUCGUCACCUACACGGACAGCAGCUUCGCCAACGCCGGUGUUAAAAGCCAGUACGGUGUCUGCGUUUUCUUGACGGCACCUUCAGUAGCCGACCGAGUGGAGAAAGCUACUUUGGUGGACUGGAAGUCCGCUCGUUCCGCUCGAGUUUGCCGCUCAACACUAGCGGCAGAAGCAAGCGCAGCUGACGAGGGCUGUGACACAGCGACCUUCGCAAACCUCUGCCUCAGCGAGCUCUUCACCGGCGAGCCAGCUUACAAGGUGCACCCGCAGUUCUUGAACUUCCAGGUAACGGACGCGAAAAGCCUUUACGACACUGUCGUUGCUGAGAACCCGAGUGUAUCGGACAAGCGAUCACUCGUGAAUAUACGAAGUGUGCAGCAGUCAGUGAGGCCUCGAGACUUCAGGUGGGUGCCGACAGCAUUGAUGCUGGCAGAUGCUUUGACAAAGCUCGAUUGGAAGCUUUGCUGUGCAUUCUCGGAGUUUCUUCAAAACCCGAAGUUGCAGCUAACGGAUCAAGGCUCAAAAGAAAAUAAGACCAGUGUGAAAGUUCAGCUUUUGAGCCGUGAGCCUUGA